AUGGAAUCGACGGACAGCCUGACACGUGAGGGUGCCAAUGCGCUGUACCGGGCAGGCAACCUAAAGGCCGCUCGUGCGGCCUACGAGGCUUUGGUUGCCGCUGAAAGCAAAGAACCCUCGGAGGAGGCGAAGCUGCAGAACAACUUGUCCGUGUGCUGCAAGGCAUUGGGUGACGACGGUGCUGCUCUGCAGCAUGCACUCAGGUGCUUGGACCUCAAUCCCGAGCAUGGCUUGUGCCAGUUGCGUGCCUUCGUCCUGUCCGGAGAUGAGAGCCACUUGGAGGCUGCUGCGGCAUUGCUUGGCCCCAAGCAUCCUGAGGUAAAGCCGCUGCUCCAGGUGCCAGCCGCAUACCGCCUUCUCAAGACAGACGCGGAUUUUCAGCUGUUGGUUCAAGAGCUCGCCAAUGAGCACAAGAGAGACCCUCUCGUGGCGGUGUUCUGUCCAGGGCGAUACAGGAUGAGAGCUUCUCCUGUGCUCGCCGUUGGGCGUCGAGUGAAGCUGCUUGGACUGGGCCAGGUCAUAUUGACUAAAGGCAGCCCGAACGCAAAUCUGGCUCUUGCUGAGGAGGGCGGUGCCCUGACCAUGGAUGGGCUUCACCUGGAAGAGGGCAGCCGCGACCCACUGAUGGGCUUUGUCAGUGCAGGUGAUGGUCAAUCCUCUAUUCACUUGCGGCGCUGUGUGCUCACAGGGGUGGGUGGCGUCACGGUAGUUCGAGCUCGGUUUGAGGCCUGGGAUUGCGAGUUUCGUGGCAUGACCAACAUGGCGGUCGAGAUGCGCGAGGCAGGGGUGAUGGAGAUGCACAACUGCCGCUUCCAUGAUUGCUUGCGAGGUGUUUCUGUGGCGGCAAAGACGGGCACUGUCCAGCUUAGUGCUUGUGAGUUUCUUCGAACAAAGAAGGAGGCUGUCAUGCUGGAUGGUGCGCGCCCAGCGGCAGCAGCCCGGGCCGUGGACGAAAGAACUGCUGAUUAUCGACAGAAGGCCGAGCUUUCAAGGACAGCUGGCAGCCAACGCGAGACAUUGCAGAACAUGAAGCAGGUUUCCAACGAGAACACCGACAAACUUCGCAGAGACAAGUCAGCCGCUCUUCCGCUGAGGGCGAGGCUUCACGGAAACGUUUUCAAAGAGACAGGGUGGCAUGCCGUCUCCUGCGCGGAUGGUGUGCAUGCAGAGCUGGUAGCGUGCCUCGUGGUGCACACCCGGGCUAGCAGCCAGAUGCUGGAGAAGGAGCUUGGGCCUCAGCUGAAGGCUUUGUAUGGCAAACUGAUGUCAGACGCUGCCAUGAAGAAGCUUGUUGCAGACCUUGGGCCGAAGAGCGGCGCCGGCUCCGCCGUGCACCUCAGGGGCGGAGCAACCGCGAAUGUGGACUGCUGCGCUUUUGCUGAUGGGACCGUGGGAAUCAAUGUGGACUACAACUUCGAUGGCGACGUCUUGGUCCACCGAUGCAGCUUCUGCCGAAAUCACGUGGACAUUCAAGAGACCAGGCAGGAACAGCACGCCCCAGUGCGGAUGUGGAGUAAGCCUCUGCGAGUUGUUGAACAGAAGAAACUGCCAAAACGGGCAGAAACACCGAGCUUGUCCGACUUGCAGAACGAGUCCAAGCUUCGUGGCCUCGUUUGCCGACUGCCAGAUACACAGGAUUCCGAAGGACAUCUUGCCGCAAGCCCAGUUCGACAACAGGUGAUCAAUUUGGAUCCGGGGUACUACGCCGUGGGCAACACUUUUGGAGUGGAUGUCUUGCAUGGGCAGCCUUCCACGUCUUCCAGGGCCAUCUUUCUGGGUUGUGGAGACAUCCGCAACGUGCUGGAAACCAUCAGCGGAUGGUGGCAGCGCCGAGAUGGCGAGAGCAUUCUGGAGCUGCUGCUCAAUGAUGUGUCCAGCUCAGUACUGAUUCGUGAUGCCAUGUUGCUGAAUCUGAUUUCCAUGGAUGUCCCUGCCAGCACAGUAGCAGAGUGCUGGGGCGCGGGCUGCAUAAGCCGAGAUGCAAAAGAUGCAAUGAUGACAGCGCUCAGCACCGUCAAAUCUGCGCCAUGGUUAGCAACCAUGAAGGUGGCGCAGUGGGAUGACAUCACAGGAGCCUGGAGUGAUGCGACUGUGGGUCCGGAUGCGUUGCUGGCGUCUCUCAACCGCUCUCCUGAGAUACUCGAGGAAGCAUUGAAACUAUCCAGCCAAGCAACAGGCGAAGAGCAUCGCGCGGAGAUUGGGCGUUACUUGAAGGACUUUGCCCUUCAUCCCAGUCCUGCCGAAGCCAACGUGACUCUUCUCGAAGGCUGCUCCCUUCGCCCCAGCCUGUACUUUUCGUCCUCCAUCUUCCGUGCUGUGGGGCCUCUGACAGCGGCACCCGGGCAGCUCCAGUCCAGCUUGCUUGAGCGACUUCAGCUCCUGUGUGCCGACUGCAAGUCCGCGCUGGCCUCGGGAUGCGUUCGGAUCCACUUGGUUGGAGGAGAUGCAUUUGACGUGCGUGCUGAACGAGCUUCUGUGGUCGACACGUCCAACAUUGCAGACUACGUUGGCUUACCCAAUGUUCUGCUUCUGGGUGCAAGGUUGGGUGACUGUGUUCGUGUUCAAUCCAUGCAGCGGAAGCACGAACUGCAAGACGAAGGACAGCGCAAGGGCUUUUACAAAGACUCUUUCGGAAUGGAGCUGGAGAGCUUUGAAGACCUUGCUGCCUUGCAGCUUCUCAGUGAGCAGGUUGACAGCGUCGGCACCCUCUGCACCUCUUGGAGACUUCGUGAUGCGAGCGCGCCCGGAGUGCAGCGCUCCUUGUCGGCUGCAGGCUUGGCAAAGCGGAUGUGUAGCUUGAAUAGGCCGCAGGAGAAGUGCGGUGUGGCAGCUUCGACGGCCAUGACUGCCGCUGCCUUGCUCGGCAACUUGACUGAAGCGCUGGAGACCGACUACCCUUGGUGUGCGGAGGAGUUCAAGCUGCUGCGCGGCGCAGUGGAAGCGCGGCACUUGCGGCUACACGUCCGAGUGGACAUGUACUUGGCCAACUUGUCUCCGGGGGCGGCCCUGGCGGUUGCCGUUACGGACUCGGCGCCAGAGAUUGGUGACACCUUGGAGAAGCCACGCUCACUGCUACACCUGCUUCAGUGGAACCGCGACGGAGAGCACAUCGAUUUUGUCGCACCCAGCAGCUUCCGUUCAGGUGCUGGAUAUGCCUCCCUUGCGCUCUGCAGCGGGCACAUCACCUGUGCGUCGACUUGCGGAUCUGUCUCAGAACUCGAAGAUCGUGGCCCUGGACCUGACUUGUCCGGCUUGUCGAGGAACGGCUCUUUCCUGUUGGGCGGUAGCUGGAAGGUUCAUCGCAUCAACCACGAAGGCGACCAGGUACAGGUGGAUGUCUCAAUGCCUCGAAAUUUGAAGGGCCUCCGCGUCGACCCUGUGGGUCAGAUGGCGAGGUUCAGUGUGAACGGUGAGCUGGAGUUUGAAGCAGAUACCGGCAAGAAGCUGGGCAGCCUUGUAAAAGCGCAGAGGUCAACUGCUCUGGGCUUGGCCUGCUGCUUUUUCAAAGCUGCCUGA